AUGGGGGCUUGCAGAGAGUGUUCUGUUGGAUGUAAUACAACUAUUUGAGGCAAUGGAAUCUGUGAUGAUGCCUGCAAUAAUGUUGACUGCAAUUUUGACAUGGGUGACUGCGCAAAUUCAACUUGUGCUCUAGGCUGUAAUACUUGAAUGGUUGGUAAACUCAUAAAUAAAAAUGGUAUUCAGUUUGAGAGAAAUUUUUAUUUAUGAGGUUUGUUUAAUUGGACUUCUUGAACAGCAUUUUAACUUUGGUCAGGCUAAAGGAAAUGCACCUCAGUGUAUUUAAGAGGCUUAAUGAUUUUCUACUCAGCACACCCGAGGUGACUCUUAGGAAAAACAAGCGCAGGUGAGUCUGGCAAGAGCGACAGCAAUGCGCCAGAUGAGAAGUGCUGUCUGAUAGAAGCAUGGACACGAAUAAAUGUCUGCCCAUAUGGUACGCCACUUUAAGUGGCAGAAUGGCUCAUGACAUCAGUGGGCACUGGCAUCUUAAAUACCUAAUUAAUAGUAAUCGUAAUCAGAUGAUUGGUAACUCCAUUUGUGAUGAAGCCUGCUAUGUGCCAGAAUGUGAAUAUGACAAAACUGACUGCACUUGUGCACCUUUUUGCUCUACUGAUCUUUUAAAAAAUGGAGUUUGUGAUGAGCUCUGCAACACUUUUAGCUGCAAAUUUGAUAGUGGAGACUGCGGAUACUGCAGCUCAGGUUGCACUCAUAAAAUGCUAGCAAAUAAUAUAUGCGACCCUGAAUGCAAUACAGAGGAUUGCGAAUGGGAUUACUAUGCUUGUGGGUGUGCUAAAGGAUGCAGCACGAGUGAUUAUGGAAAGUGUAAACCUGAGUGCUUAGUUGGAACUUGCAAAUAUGAUAGAAUGAGUGAUGACUCUAGCAAAUGAUGCAAUGAUAAGGAUUUAGUUUUAUUCACAGUUUAUAUGCAAAUGCGUAUAAAUGAUACAAGCUCUGUGGUAAAUUUUGAUAAAUGCUAUUUAGCUUCAAACAAUAAAUGCAAUCUAACUAUGGCUCUUGAUCAAAGCAAAUGCUAUCCAGAUUGCUUCAUUCCUGAAUGCAAUUACGGAUUAUGCAACACAAAUUCUUAUGCAGAUUGUAAAGCAUCCCUCCCAAAAUCUGCUUGAAAUCUGUGCGAGCAAUGCACAAGCUCAACUGAAGGCUUAAGUUAAGUGUUGUAAGGCCAUAAACGAAUAGAUCAUUAGCCUGAACUUAUCUAACCUAAGGAUUAGCUUCCUAGGUUAGAGCAGCCUCUUGCAAAUGUCCCGCAAGUCCUCAUAGGCAAAGAAUAAGUGGAAUGCAAAAGGUGUCUAGCCCAUCUGAAGGGGGAAAAAAACUUUUAGGGAGAAACAAAACUUCCCACUUCGGCAAGCAUCCCCAAACCCAGAGGUUUGCUUCAAAAGUGGCAGAGGCGCUAUUUUCAGCUUCAUCAGACUGGUUCACCAUUUAUUUCUCCUGAAAGCUUAGGAAUCGCUCCUUGCAAUCAAUGCUUUUCCACAGACAUAACCUGCACAUAUUUGAAUUUAUUCGGCAUAUCUGUCUAUUAUUCCAAUUAUUUAUCAAUAUCUAAGACUUUUCCUCACCUCUCCUUUUAUUACGCAACUUCUACACAAAAGAGUAGUUCACCUUCAGGGAGUGGAACAAUUGAUUCCCCAUUCGAAGCAAUGUCAUAUGCAAUCUCCUCAAUAAACGCAGACCAUGCUGUUUUGUUUUUAAAGAAUGAUGGAAUUUAUAGUUGAAAAGAUGAAAUUUCCUUUGGAUAUUAUCAAUAUAAUUAUUUAAAAAUUACAUCCCAGGAUGGCAGCAUAGUUAGUGUAAAAGUUGACAGUUGAAGACUAGCUAGAAUGGCUAUUUAUGGAUCUGUUGAAAUUGAGAAUGUAAUAUUUGACGGAAACUCUACUGUGUCUAUGAUUUGCGUUGACUCAAUUUAUUGCUAUUACUGCUCUUAUAAUACUUAUAAUAGCACUGAUAGGUAUUAUUAUAAUGAUAGAGGAGAGCGUGCGUCAAAGAAUCUGCUAAAUGAUUAUUGCGAGCUACAUGAAGAAUACACAUUUAAUUUAUUUGAACUUGAGUCUUAUACUUAUUGUUCUUUAUUGUUAAGGAAUGUUACAUUUCAAAACUUCAGGACUGAGCAAAAUAGCAUAAUUUCAGGAGAAGGCAAAGUGAGGCUAUUUAAUGUAAAUUUUGAUAAUAUCAGAUUAGGCAUCAACGAAGACUCUGCAAUAAUUUCAGUAUCAGUUUCAUAUAAAAAAACUUCAGAACCCGAGCUCAUUUAUAUAGGGGGCUCAGUGACAAGGUUAAACAAUGGAUAUGAGUUUGAGGAUCCAGUUGAUUUCCGUGGAUUUUUUUAUUCCACUAAUAUCACAACUAUUUUAAUUCGAAAUGUAGAGUUCAAGCACAACUUAGUUUAUAGAAAACCUAGAAGCCAAUUAAAGCAAGCCUCACUAAUUUACACCAGUUAUACAAAUUUUAUCGAAAUAGAUAACUGCACUUUUAUGUAUAAUUACUGUGAAACUGGAAUAAUUCAUGCCCUUUUAAAUUUUUUAACAUAUCCAGGAGGUUUAAAUGAAACAUACCAUAUCCCUUAUUUAUAUAAAGACCAUAUUUAUGUGCAUGACUCUAAAUUUAUUUCAAAUUAUGGAAAUUCUUCAUUGAUAGAUUUAGAAUUUUCUUAUUAUUUUCUGAACAUCCAUUUCGAAAAUUUAACUUUUCAGGCUAACGGGAUAGAAAAUGGGCAAGCAAUAAAUAUUUCUAAUGCAUUUAUGCUGGAUGAAUACAAAAACGGAGCUAUAAAGCCUUACAAACUGCUUUCAGGAAUGAAUGUUCAUGCAGUUAUAAAUAAAAGAUGAUGCAAAAUGGAUAAUCUUUCUUUUAUAAAUAACCAUGGAAUUGGGUUGAUUUCUUUAACGAAUAUGCCUCAUCUUUCACUCAAAAAUUUGGCAAUUCAGUCAAAUGGAUCCCCAAAUGAAGACAAAGAUAUCAAUACAUUGCUUCUUAAUUAUUUUAUAUCAAAUUCUGAUAUGUAUCUUAAAAGAAAAAAGGCAAAUCCAAAAGCUCUUGAUUGUGAGUAUAUGGUUUCAAUAUCUGACUCAUACAAUGUUGAUAUUUGUCCAGUAGUUAUCACAAAUAAUAUUUGUAGAAAUUCAUCUCCAACUUAUUUGAUAAAAAACACUGAUACUACUGAUAUUAACUCUGCAAAAUGCUUAUCAAAUAAAGGUAAUGGUGUUUUUCCAGCUUGCUUUUUAUUCACAGGAAGCUUUAGCCGAGUAUUGAAAAAUUCGAUAUUUGAUAAUAAUUUCAACAGUUAUAGCACAGGAACUGGCGCUAUAGAAAUUAGAGAAGGAAAAGGCUUGUUUAUAAGUAAAUGCAAUUUUACAGAAAACACUGGAGAUUAUGGAGCUGCGAUUUAUUUAGCUGGGCAAGGUAUGGUUGUUGAAGAAUCUGUAUUCGAUUCGAAUAUAUCUCCAAAAGGAUCUGGAGGAGCAUUAUUUAUCAUCCAAAUAUUAGUAAGUGGGGAAAGCUUAUUUAAAAUAGCAGAUUCCAAUUUUACUAGUAAUUCUGCAGAUUAUGGUGGUAGUAUUUACAUUGCUCAGCAGUGGAUUGGCUCUUCAAGCACAGAAAUAUUGGUGGAAAAUUCAAUUUUUAAACUUAAUAGAGCAUUUUAUGGCUCGGCAUUGUAUAUUGAUAGCACUGUAUCCUUAGUUAAUUCAUCAACGAUUUCUUCAUCAAAAUUCAUUGAAAAUACUGCAACAAUUUCAGGUACAGUAUCAUUAUUUUACAGCAAAGGAAUCUUAAAUUUUGAGCUUUGCAAAUUCUUGGCAAAUUCUGGGCAAUUAAGCUCUGUAUUACACGUUGAUAUAGCUAGUUCGACGAUUGCCUUAACUUCAUGCAAUUUUUCUAGCAAUACCGGAAUAGCAGUGAUACUUGGAAAUAAUCAAAAUAGCUUUUCUUAUGUUGAAACAAAAAAUUGCAUAUUUGAGUACAAUUAUGGAUCAGCAAUCUCUUUAAAUUAUGAUUCUAUGGAAGAAUAUGGCUCUAUCUUUAGGCAUAAUUCUGCAGUAUCUGGGCCAUGCUUGAGAUUACAAAAUUCUGCUAUUGUAAAACUGAAUCAGAGCUACUUAUUUAGUAAUACAGGGUCUAUGUACGGAGGAGCAAUUUUAUUGAGCUCAAAUUCAAUUUUUUUUUGUAAUUCCUGCAACUUCACAAACAAUGUGGCCUUAGAAGGAGGAGCCAUAUAUGCUGAGCAAGAUUCUCUGAUCUCAAUCUCAGAUUCUCUAUUUUACAAAAAUUCAUGUAAGGAUGAUGGAUCUACAAUAUAUAUUUUUAAUUCAAACAGAAAUUCCUCUAUUAAUUAUAGCCAAAUAUACGAAAACCAUUCAGAAAAUGGGGGUACAAUUAUUGUGAUCAACUCAAAAUUAUCCAUAGAUUCUUUAAUUUUGAAAAAUAACAAUGGUGGAUUUAAACUGGCAAUUUCAGCAGUGGACAUACUUAACAGUAAAUUUUUUAAUCAAUCGUGCGCUCAAGGCUGCUUUAUUAAUUUAUCUGCUGGCAGUAGUUUGUAUAUAUAUAAUUCAAUUUUUUCUAAUGGAAGUUCAAGUGACUCAGGAGGUGCAAUAUAUUCAUCGUCAAGCAAUAUAUUAAUUGAGCAAUCAGAGUUUAAUCAUUUUUCUUCUGUUAAGCCAGGUGGAUUUAUUUAUUCAUGGUUUGAUAAUUCCUUGCAAAUUAAAAAAAGCAAAAUAUCAGUGUCAAGCAGCUUGGGCUCCGGAGGGGUAAUUUAUGUAUUCUUAACUCCAACAGUGAUAGCAAAUUCGAUAUUUAAUGACUACGUAAAAUCUGGAAUAUAUGGUAGCUAUUUGAAAGAAUUAUAGCGUCUGAACCGCUAUAGCUUGCCUUGGCGAGGGUUCUCCGCAGCAACUUGGAGCUCUGACGAGCCCCCUAAAGGUGGCAAGUCAACUCCAAGUUGACAAAUUCUUGCAAAAGGGCGCGCUUUUGUCAACUUGGAGUUGACUUGUCACCUUUAGGGGGCUCGUCAGAGCUCCAAGUUGCUGCGGAGAACCCUCGCCAAGGCAAGCUAUAGCGGUUCAGACGCUAUAGAUAUUUCUCAAUCAACUUUCAGCAAUGGCAGUGGAGCAUAUGGAGGUGGAAUCUGCUGCAAAACUUGCAGUAAUGUCAAAAUUAAUGCUUGCUCAUUUGAAAAUAACACAGCAUCAAGUGCUGGGGGUGCAUUGUAUUUUGAAAGUGACUUAGAUACAUCUGAAACGAAUACAUAUCAAAUAGACUCUAGUUCUUUCAUUAACAACUCUGCUCCUAUUGGUGGUGCAUUAUAUGCAAACGAUUUAAGCUUAUCCAUUUCCUCUGCAAGCUUUAUUGAAAAUAAGGCGUUAACAAAUGAAAGUUUUAUUGACUCACAAAUUAUUGAAGGUAUUGGAGGAGCUAUCAAGCUAAGUUGUUUAGGAAUUUCUAAGUGUAGUUUCGAAAUCAUAUCAUGCAAUUUUACAGGAAAUAUGGCAACCUAUAAUGGAGGCGCUAUCAAUUGAGAUGAUUGAAAGCCAAGUCUUGAGAAAAAUUAUUUCAUGAAUAAUUAUGCUAUUUAUGGGAACGAUUAUUCCUCAUACCCAGUAAAGCUCAUGAGUGUAAGUGAAAAUGGAACUUUGGAAGGCUAUACUAACAAUAGACAUUUAACUGAUAGCCCCAUAUCAAUAUUCAAUUUAUCAUCCUUUGCGCCUGGACAAGAUAAUAGGAAACCCAUAAAAGUAGCACUGGUAGACAGUAUGAAUCAAAUAGUGGCAACAGAUAAUAUUAAUCUAGGGGAAUUAAAAUCAAAAAAUGUAAGUACAAUUAUCACAGGAGUCACCAAAGUAAAAGCAGUAAGAGGAAUUUUCACUUUUUCUCAGUACGAAAUUUCAGAUGAGCCAGGAAUUAAUGUGACCAUUGGAGUGUUUUCCUCAGCUAUCGACAAUUAUAAGAAGCUGCAAACAAAUGAUACGGUUUUUGACCAAUAUUUGCUGAUCAAAAUUAAUUUGAGAGGCUGUGAACUUGGAGAAAUAAAGGCUGGAAAAAACUGCGAGGUCUGCGGAUAUGGCUAUUAUAGCUUAGAUCCAAGUAAAACUCAAUGCUUAGCUUGUCCUGGCUCUGCAGAAUGCUAUGGAAAUUAUACAAUGACUCCAAAGAAAGGGUAUUGGAGAGAUAUACCUGUUUGCCAAGAAUAGCCCUCUAAGGAGCAUUUUUUGGUUCGACAUUCUUAAAUUUGGUCAGCCAGAAAAUAUUGCAUGCCAUUAUCCGGCCAACCAAAAAAUUGCUCCUUAGUGGGCUAUUCUCGGUAAAUAAGUAUAAUGUUUAUACAGAUAAAUUUUGAAAAUGUCCAAAUUACAAUGCCUGCAUAGGGUCCCCUGAUCCAAAAAAUUUAUCUUAUACUGGAUUAUGCCAGGCAGGCUAUAAAGGUAACAUGUGUCAAUCAUGCCAAAGCGGCUACUCACGCGCAAAUAACAAUAAAUGCAAAGAAUGCCCUUCGUUUGUAAAGAAUUUAGCAAUUACAAUAGCAAUAUGUGUUGCAUUAUCAGCAUUAGCUUUUAUUAUGGUAUUGACAACAAUAAAAUCAGCAUUCAAGCCGAAAAAGCUAACAUCGAUUUAUAUUAAAAUUAUGCUGAAUUACUUGCAGAUGGUUAUAUUGACUUCUACUUUUAAGCUGAAUUGGCCUUCAGAAGUCUUAGAAAUAUUUCAAGUCCAAUCAAGCACAGAUUAUGUUUACCAACAACUAUAUUCUUUUGAAUGCCUUUUGCAAGAAGAAAGCUCAAGAGACUUGCUUUACUAUAAGAGUCUUAUUCUUAUUUCCUUGCUGCCACUUUUCAUGGCGAUUUUAGCUUUGAUUAUUUGAAUUAUAAUCAAAUUCAAACAAAAAUCAUUUAAGAAUUUUUGGGAUGACUAUUGUUCUACAUGCAUUAUCCUUUUAUUUUUAGUGCAUCCAGGUAUUGUGAAAAAAAUGUUUGCUUCAUUUAAUUGCACUGAAAUUAAUUAUGGAGAAUACUGACUAGAAGAAGACCUUGAUGUUAGAUGCUGAAAUGAUGAUCAUAUCUUUUAUAUUCUCGUUGUUUCAUUGCCAUCUAUAAUUAUAUGAGGAAUUUUAUUGCCAACUGUUUGUUUAUUUGCGCUUGUGAAAAGUAGAAAUCAUUUGAAAGAGCUUAAUGUAAGACUUCGGUUUGGAUUCCUUUUUAAUGGGUAUCAAUUAUCGCGCUAUUACUGGGAAUUUAUUAUUAUUUACAGCAAAAUUAUUUUAAUUUGUCUCUCAGUCUUCUUAUCAAAUAUGGCACUUAAGGUACAAGCACUUAUUGCUGCAAUACUUUUAUCAAUAUUUUUACAGCUUCAAUAUUCUAAUAGCCCUUAUAUCGAGCCAAGCUUAAACCGCAUGGAAUUGCAAGCAAAAAUUGUAUGUGUUAUAACAAUAUACAGUGGAUUAUUUUAUUUAACUGGAUCUCUUGGCUAUAGUGCCAAAUUAUUCUUUUUUACUCUCAUAAUUAUUGCUAAUUGCUAUUUUCUAGUUUAUUGGUGCUUAAAUGUUUUUAAAACAGCAUUGUGCUAUAUAUAUAAGUAUGCAAAACAAAGGAAAAGCAACAGCAAAAUUUCUAACGAUCCAGAUAUUGAAAUUUUAAAGAUAGAAAUUGAUAUGAUUAAUUCUCAAGCAUCUAAUAAGAGAAUUGAAAAUAGUCUAAACGAUGAGAAUGCUGAAGGAAAUCAGUCAAAUAUUAAAAGCAUAAAAGAUAGUUUGAAUAGUUAA